AUGCUCGACACUUUCGAGGUCUUGACUACCUCGGGCGUCGUCCUCUGGUCGCGCACAUAUGUGCCCGUCGGCGCAAAUGUUAUUAAUAGCUUAAUUCGCGACGUCUUCAUCGAGGAGCGCAUACAACCGCAGGCUGAAGAUGCCGGUUCCAAGCCGACGUACAAAAAGGAGGGUUACACGCUGAAGUGGACGGCCGCAAAGGAUCUGGGCCUCAUCUUUGUAGCAGUAUAUCAGAGUCUAGUCCACCUCACAUGGAUAGACAAACUCCUCGACAAUGUGCGCGCACUAUUUGUUGGUCUCUACGGCGAGCAGCUCAAAACACAAAACAGCAGCGUGGUCAAAUGCGACAAGUUCGGUUCAUACUUUGACCGGCAGAUGCAAGAGUUGGAAGGCGCAAGCGACUCUGGUACUCCAAGCAUCAAGCUCAUUACACCGGAAUCCAGUACGGACAAUGAUAGUGCCGACGAAACUGCUCUGAAGCCACCCGGACUACAAAAGCCUCAGCCAUCUUUGUACGAUACGAGUGCCGACUCGACACCCGUGCCCACACCCGACACUUCACGACCAACUACCCCCGCACAGAGCCAGCUCUUGACCGGCAAGGCGAGGCCUCUUGGAGGAAAGAUAUCGAGGAGGGACAAGAAGAAGGCGUCUGCCUUUAGUUCGGCGCCCGUGUCGUCGGGCGAUGAAGCGUCAGCCAAGAAAAAGGGCAAAGGCUCAAAGAAGGGGAGGGUGUGGGGAGAAUUCGGUGCUGAUGAGGAGGAUGACUCGGUGCUAGACUACUCCCGAUCAGACAUCCAGGGUGACGUCUCCGGAAACGAAGCGUUGGAAGAGAUCAAGCAGGAGACGUGGGGCCGCAAGACAAACAAGGGUGAGUUUGUCUUGAGGGAUCUUGAUGAUGAGAUGGAUGCCAUAAUUGCCGAGCAGAACGCAAAGAAGGACAAGGACACUCCGGCCGCUGCUAGUGGCCUUGUCGGAUCCAGCCUAGGUGCUAUCGGAGGACUCUUCAGGAACGUGGUGGGUGGAAAGACGCUCACAAAGGAAGACUUGGCCAAGCCACUCAAGGGCAUGGAAGAGCACCUGUUGCGCAAGAACGUAGCACGCGAAGCUGCAGUCCGGUUAUGCGAAAGCGUAGAGCGCGAUCUUACCCUCAAGACAUCCAUGGAGAAGGCCCUAACCAAGAUUCUCACCCCAACCUCCUCCCUCGACCUCCUCCGCGAAAUUCAACACACAAACUCGACAACAACCCGCCCCUACGUCCUCUCCAUCGUCGGCGUCAACGGCGUAGGAAAAUCCACAAACCUCUCCAAAAUCGCCUUCUUCCUCCUCCAAAACCACCACCGCGUUCUCAUCGCCGCAGCAGACACAUUCCGCUCCGGCGCCGUCGAGCAACUCCGCGUGCACGUCGACCGCCUCAAAGAACUCUCCCAGCGCGAAGGCGGCCACGUCGACCUCUUCGAAAAAGGCUACGGCAAAGACGCGGCAAACAUCGCCGCAGAUGCCGUGACGUUUGCGGCGAAAAACAACUUCAACAUCGUCCUCAUCGACACGGCGGGCCGCCGCCACAACGACCAGCGUCUCAUGUCGUCGCUGGAGAAAUUCGGUAAACUAGCGAAUCCGGAUAAAAUUCUCAUGGUAGGGGAGGCGCUCGAUGCCGCGUCCGUCUUCUCCUACGUGCUGUUCGUUCUGGUUUCUCGAUUUGCUCUUGAUGGCAUGACAACUACCACGGGAAGGUUUGAGGGAGACAAGAUAUGGAAGACGCCGUCGCCUAGUAGCUCUUGUCUGGGUUGGAUCAAGACGUUUAUUAACACGAGUGAUGAGUUUGUGCUCAAUCAUCAUUCCCUGGAUGCGUACUUGUAUAUCCGGUUUCUCAAGGUGCUUACGAUCAUGGCAACGGUUGGCGCAGUUAUCACGUGGCCGAUACUCUUACCUGUUAACGCUAUAUAUGGCGGCGGUCAGGAUGGGCUGAACAUGCUCAGUUUCUCGAAUGUUGUGAGUCCGUCGCGACGGUUUGCUCAUGCAAUCAUGGCCUGGGUCUUCUUCGGCUGGGUCAUGUAUGUCAUCGGUCACGAGAUGAUGUUCCUGGCGGAGCUGCGGAAAGCAUACCUCCUGUCGAUGUGGAACUCGAGUUGUAUCACGCAACGGACAGUGCUCUUUACCGGCAUACCCGCGGAAGAUCUCUCGUUGGAGAAGUUACAGGGCAAGUUCCAGAACGCGGUGCAGAUUACGCUGGUGCCGGAUAUGGGCGACGUUGAGUAUGAUAUCAAGAAGCUUGAAAAGGCGAACGCGAACCUUGAGAUCAGCGAGAUCAAGCACUUGAAGGUUUUAAACAAGCGCCAGAGGAACAACCAAUCGAUGGAAGACAAGGCGUUGCGAACGACACAUCGAUUGAAGCCUCUCAUCGGACAAAAGGUCGACUCUCGUCGAUACUAUGGCGGCCAGAUCAAAGAACUGCUGCCCAAGAUUGACGCAGCACAGCUUUCGCAUCUUGCUGGUAAAGAGAAGCUUAUGAAUGCUGUCUUUGUCGCAUUCGACACUAUGUCUGCCGCUGAGACCGCCUUUAACGAGAACCUUGAUCGGAGACUAGCCAAGUUUGAGUCGAGACAAAUGGGUGUAUUGCGCGAAGAAGUCAUCUGGAAGAAUCUCGGAAUAAGCUCAAAGAAUAGACACAAGCGACGUAUUCUUGCAAACCUUUUCAUCACGGCACUAAUCAUACUCUGGACGAUCCCCGUCGCAAGUAUCGGCAGCAUUAGCAGUCUCAUCUACCUUCAGCCCAGGCACCAGGCGGAGAUGUUCGGCAUAAGUAAUCCUAUCGCUCGUGCUAUUUUAACAGGACUUUUACCCGCUAUUCUCCUUGCUAUGCUUAUGGGAUUGGUACCUGUCAUCUGCCGCUUCGUUGCAAAACUCUCCGGUGCAGCCACUCUCUCCGAAGUCGAACAACAGACCCAAGCAUGGUGCUUUGCAUUCCAGGUAGUCCAAGUCUUCCUUGUUAUGACUUUUAUCCCCAGUAUCGAAUCGAUAGUCAUCCAAUCCUGCAAUGCCCUCAAAGACGUCUCGACGCUCCUCAUCCAGCAUCCGGCCAAGUCUUCCAAUUUCUACAUGUCCUAUUUCAUUCUCUAUGGCUUGGUAAAUGCAUCCCGGUAUCUAAUCAAUACACCGGGCCUGCUAAACGGAAUCCUUCUCAGCAAGUUUGACAAGACGCCAAGGCAGAUGUACAUGCGCUACAUGUCCUUCAGCGAACCACCGUGGGCCUCUGGGUACUCCAAAUGGGCCACUUUGGGUGUCAUCGCCUUGUCUCACGCCGUGAUUGCGCCGCUUAUUCUGGGCUUUGCCGCCAUCGGUCUGGGUCUUGUUUACCUGGUAUACAAAUACAACAUGCUAUACGUAUACGAUGCACGCAUCGACUCCAAAGGCGGCUUUUACGCCCGCGCCCUUGAAGAGCUAAUGGUUGGUGUAUACCUCGGCGAGCUAUGUCUCCUCUGUCUCUUUGCGCUCGGCCCGAGAGUUGGCUACAAACAGCCCAACAGCGACAACACGGAAGCGUCAAGCCAGGAGAAAGACCUCACGGGCUACCCCGACGGUGGUAUCACCGCUGCAAACACUAGUGAUACCCAAAUCUCUAAGCGUCGCUCAUCUCGCCCCGAUACUGCCCUUAUAUGGACCUUGAAUCAACCAACCAUCCACAACCCUGCAGCAAUCCGUCUUUCUCCAGCCAAUCGCUCCCUCCACAAAAAAAUCCUUCCCAGACACACGCCCACCGCCGACUUCCCCGUCCCGGAGUGCACCGAGCAAGACGUAACAGAAGCAUCCCUACAUCCUGCGUCGGCACAGAGGGAAGUCGUUGUAUGGUUAGCGAGAAACAAGGCAAGAUCUAGUGAGGCGCAGGUUAAGAAGUCUUGGGAGGAGCUUGAGGAAUCAGGGCUCAAGGUUACAGAUUGCGGGUUUGAGUUGAAUGAGAAGGGAAGGGUGGCUUGGGAGGAGGGAGGCGUACGGACAGCACCGUUCCUAUCCUCGUAA